CAGUGAGAAGGGGAGGAGGGUGUCGUUGUGCUAUCUAGCUAGCAAAUAGCUAUCUUGCUAGCAGUUAGUUUGCUACAGUAAUUCGAGAGCCUCAGCAUUCAAAAAGGGAGAUUAUGCUUGAUUGAAUUUAGGCAAUUCUUCGAUGUAGCUAGCUGAGGGUACCUUUCUGUUCUAAAGAGCAUGUGUUGUAGUAUAGUUGCCAGCUAUUGUUAUCUAGCUAGCUAGGUUAGCUAACAAGCAAACUAGCCAGUUAGCGUGCUCCCUUGCCUACAAAUGCAAUGCUGUCAGCAGGUAACCCAUAGAUUGCUGCAAAGAUUGGUGGCGAUACUGGAGUGCCCCCUAUGAACAACAGUAAUGCAUCUGAUGGCUUUCCAUUCUCUGCACAAAAAAGACAGUUGGAAGACCCAGAUCAACCGGAGAGUAAGAAGAUGGCUACACAGAGUGAUAUUGACUCAGCUACAGCAUUAUCUAUUGGAGCACAACUGGCUGCUCUUGCCCAGCAAAGUAGCAGCAGACCCUCUUCCACCUCAGAGGAAUACAGUGUUCCUGAUAGCAUGGUUGGACUCAUUAUCGGCCGGGGAGGAGAGCAGAUCAAUAAGAUCCAGCAGGAGUCGGGCUGCAAGGUUCAGAUAGCUCCAGACAGUGGAGGUCUGCCAGAGAGGAGCGUCUCUCUCACAGGGUCCCCUGACUCCAUACAGAAAGCCAAAAUGCUGUUGGACGAGAUUGUGUCUCGAGGGAGGGGCACGCCUCCCUCCUCCUUCCAAGAGGCGACCAAUGGGCAGAGCGGCUCUGUGCAGGAGAUGAUGAUCCCUGCUGGCAAGGCUGGCCUCAUCAUUGGCAAGGGAGGAGAGACCAUCAAACAGUUACAGGAGCGUGCUGGGGUGAAGAUGAUUCUAAUCCAGGAUGCCUCUCAGGGACCUGACAUGGACAAACCCCUGCGCAUCAUCGGAGAACCAUACAAAGUCCAGCAAGCCCAGGAGCUGGUUCAGGAGAUCCUGAGGGAGAGGGAUCACCCCGGUUACGGAGACAGGGGCGAGUACGGCUCCCGCAUGGGGGGGGGAGGAGGAGGAGGCAUGGACGUCCCGGUGCCUCGACACUCUGUGGGUGUGGUGAUUGGACGCAGUGGGGAGAUGAUCAAGAAAAUUCAAAACGAUGCUGGGGUUAGGAUACAGUUCAAACCAGAUGACGGCACAGGUCCCGAUAAGAUAGCUCACAUCAUGGGCCCUCCUGAUCGCUGUGACCACGCAGCCCAGAUCAUCAACGAGCUGCUGCAGAGCAUCCGGGUCAGAGAGGAGGAGCAAGGGGGACCCCCUGGUCCUCCAGGAAUGCCCCCAGGGAACAGGGGGCGUGGCCGGGGUCAGGGCAGCUGGGGUCCCCCCGGGGGAGAGAUGACCUUCUCCAUCCCAGCCCACAAGUGUGGCCUGGUGAUCGGCAGGGGAGGGGAGAACGUCAAGUCCAUCAACCAGCAGACGGGGGCGUUCGUGGAGAUCUCCCGUCAGCCGCCGCCCAACGGGGACCCCAACUUCAAGCUCUUUGUCAUCAGGGGUUCCCCCCAGCAGAUUGACCAUGCCAAGCAGCUCAUUGAAGACAAGAUCGAGGGUCCUCUGUGUCCUGUAGGCCCAGGUCCUGGAGGGCCGGGCCCGGCUGGUCCUAUGGGGCCCUACAACCCCAACCCCUACAACCCUGGACCCCCUGGGGCCCCUGGUCCACAUGGGGGUCCCCCUGGGCCUCACCAGUACCCCCCACAGGGUUGGGGCAACACCUACCAGCAGUGGCAGCCUCAGGCUCCCCAUGACCCCAGCAAGGCAGCUGCCGUGGACCCCAACGCCGCCUGGGCUGCCUACUACGCCCAGUACUACCAGCAGCCCGGCGGCGCCGUGCCAGGCCAGCACCCCGCUAACCCGGCCGCCGCCCAGGCGCCCGGAGACCAGGCCGGCCAGACCCCCGGAGGACAGCCGGACUACACCAAGGCCUGGGAAGAGUACUACAAGAAGAUGGCCCAGGCUGGAGGCUCGGCGGCGGGGGCCGGAGGGCCAGCUGCAGCUCCUGGGGCCCCAGCCUCAGCGGGAGGCCAGCAGGACUACAGCGCGGCCUGGGCUGAGUACUACAGACAGCAGGCUGCCUACUACGGCCAGCCAGGACAGGCCCCAGGACAGGCAGCCGCCCCUCAGCCAGGCCAGACACAGUGAGAGGCUACAAUGGAAAUGUCAUCAUUUGAGCAUGAGAGAAAGAAAGGAGGAGAAGACAGACAGGAAACCACUUCACCCAGACAGCA